AUGGAUUCGCCGGAUAAAGGGACAGGCCUUCGCGCCUACUUCAGGCGCAAGAAAAACAAAAUCGUAGCAAAAUUCGCGUCCUCCAACCCACCGAAUCCUUCCCCUUCUACACCUCCCAUUCACCCCGAUACUCAGCCUUUGCCCGCGGAACCGGCUGCCUCUCAGUCGCGUUCCACUACUGGUGAUGUGGAACCCUCCAACGUCCCAUCGCGAUGCUCAGACACGGAUCAAUUGCCGGUCGUGAUUUAUCGACUCGAAGGCACCGACGCGGCCACAGGCACCACGACCGUCAGAGUUCCUCGGCCUAUCACUCCUAUGCCUUCAGCCAUACAAGCCCUGACCAGUACGCUGAAAACAUUGCAUAGCGCGGCACAGAUUUUUCCGCCUCUACAAGCUGCGAUUGGAGGACUUUUAGCCUCCGUCGAGCACAUGGAGCUGAGCUCUAACAAUUGUACCGAAAUGGAGGCACUGGCAGCACGACUAUCAUCGCUCGCCGAGUGGCUCCAACAGCAUAAACAAGAGGCCAAGUCGACAGAGGUUUCGGAGUUCCUCGAAGGGAUCACAACGUCAAUGGAAAAGCAAGUGGCGGCCAUCCGCAGCAAGCAGAACGACCGAACAGCAAGACACCUCAGGAAUGCAGAACGGGAUGAAGAAGAGAUACUACAAGCGUACAGGGACAUAGCUGACAUCCUGGAGAAGAUCAAGACUGAAGCAAGCCUGAAAACGUGGGAUGCACUCGAAACACAGCGCAUGGACUCUCGCCUCGCCGGUUUGUCACCUGUAGACUCGGCGAUCUACAACUCGCUGCUGUCCCAUGAUGUGAACCGCAGAGCAUGCACGCAGAACACUCGGUCGAAGAUCUUGCUCGAGCUCGACCAGUGGUCGGUCGAUCGGACCAAGCCUAAUGUCUUCUGGAUGAACGGAAUGGCCGGCACAGGCAAGACCACCAUCGCAUACACCUUUGCCCAGUCUCUCAAGGCCCGCAGGGUGCUUGGCGCCAGCUUCUUUUGCACGCGUACGUCGGACGAAUGUCGGGAUGUGGGCAGAAUCAUACCGACUAUCGCCCAUCAGCUUGCGCUUUACUCGCCUUCCUUUCGACCGGCACUGUUGCGGGUGUUGGAGCAGGAGCCGAACAUCAAGUCACAGUCGAUCGAUACUCAGUGUGAGCGACUGAUCAAGGAGCCACUAUCAAAAGCGAAGAGCGGAAUGACCAAAGGGCUUGUGGUCGUAAUCGAUGCGCUCGACGAAUGCAGCAACGCGAAUGGCGUGCGAACCAUCCUGGACGUACUUUUCAGAGUCACUCCCAGCCUGCCUCUCAAGUUCUUUGUCACCAGCAGACCCGAGCCGGACAUCCGCCAAAGGAUCGAGGCGCAGUCUGACCGCAACCGGUCGAUGUGCGUGCUACACGAGAUUGAAAAGUCGUUGGUGGAAGCAGACAUCGAGCUAUACCUUCGUGACGAACUUCGCAACGGCGUCUCUGAGCAUGAUCUGAUCAAACUCGCCAAGCUGUCUGGUAACCUGUUCAUCUAUGCGGCCACCGCAAUUCGGUAUAUUCGAAGAAGAGGCACCAUGGUAGAUCAAGAUCGGCUUGGGGCCAUUCUGAACUCGUCUUCCAAGUCGGCCAACCGACACGCAGACAUUGACAAGCUAUAUGCUACUAUUCUGGGUGCGGCAGUCCACGACUCGAACCUGGAUCAGGAGGAGCAAGACCAGACACUGGCAAUAGUUUGGACAGCGAUUUGCGCACGAGAGCCGAUCGACGUCGAUACGCUUGGAGCUCUGACGGGGAUCAAGGCGGCAAAGGCUCACAUACUGCUCCAGUCUCUAUAUUCGGUGCUGCACGUGUCACAAGCGACUGGGACGAUCACUACGCUACAUGCAUCGUUCCCCGACUAUAUGUUCGACAAGGCACGGUCGAUCAAGUUCUACUGCGACGAAGCAAAGCACAGUCAGAUGCUCGCGGAACGGUGCUUCGAGGUGAUGCAAGACCAGCUGCGAUUCAACAUCUGUGGCCUAGAGACAUCGUUUAUACCCGAUAGCAAAGUGCAAGACCUGGAAGAUCGGAUAGCAAGGUCAAUCUCGCCAACGCUGGCGUACGUAGCGCACCACUGGGGAGACCAUGUGGUCAAGAGCACGCCAUGUGAGAUGGUGCGGAAAGGGCUGGAAGAGCUGCUGUCAUACCGGCUGUUGUUCUGGAUGGAGAUAGUGAGCCUGAAGCGUGCGCUGGACAAAGGGAUAGGCAUGCUGUUUGCACUCAAGUCUUGGCUGACAGCCGAAGACGCAUCAUCAGAUGUGAGCAAGCUGCUGAACGACUCGUGGAUGUUUGUGUCAAAGUAUGCUGCGGGAUCUGUUUCAGAGUCGACGCCGCACAUCUACAUCUCGGCAUUGGCAUUUUGCCAUCACUCAAGCUUGGUAUACGAGCGGUACUGGGGUCGUACUCGGGGGCUUCUGAGGCUGGAAGGGUCUGCAAUGGAACAAAGUCAAACGGCACUGCUUGCGACAUGGCAGAUGCCCUUAGAGCCCCUCUCACUUGCAUUCUCUCCUGAUGGGUCUCGAUUUGCAAUUGGAUUUAGCAAUGGCACAGUACAUAUAUUUCAUGCGCACAAUGGAACACUGGCUCUUGGCCCCCUCAAAGGACACACCAGUUGGGUCAGAUCCAUAGCAUAUUCCCCCGACGGACUGCUGCUUGUCUCUGGCUCUGGCUCUUACGACGCUACAAUACUUGUGCGAGACGCGCAGACAGGCAGUUGCAUAUAUGACGUCAUCAAGGGGCAUGAAAGCGCAGUGGCGUCAGUAUCGUUCUCACCCAAUGGCAAGCAAAUCCUCUCAGGGUCCAAUGACCGGACAACGCGGAUGUGGGACAGUGGCAAUGGCAGUCUGAUACCCAACUCCAUCAAACGCCAUCCUCAUGAAGUCAACUGCACGGCAUUCUCUCCUGAUGGCAAGCUUAUCGCAUGUUGUUUGUAUAGCAACGAGUGUCCCAUUGUUGUUUAUGACGCAUCCACCAGCAAGUCUCUCCCUUUUUCAUUCGACGCUCAUCAAUCCUCAGUCCAUUCAAUCGCCUUUUCACCAGACAGCAAGCACCUUGUCACUGGCCAUUGGUCUGGUGAACUGCGCGUCUGGAGUCUACAGGAUGGCACCGCCACACACUCCCCACCCAAAGUACACAACCGCACAAUCACAUCCAUUGGGUUCUCGCCACCCGGAGACAAACUCGUCACUGGCUCUGAAGAUAGGUGCGUGUAUAUAUGGGAUGUAGAGAACGGCUACUCCAACCCUUGCCUACUUGGCACACACGACCAUUAUGUUCUCUCCGCUGCGUUCUCACCCGACGGCACACGAAUCGCAUCAUGCUCAUAUGACUGCACCGUCAAGAUGUGGAACGCACCGCACCCGACAUCAUCUCACACCCCACACUCCAACGCACCAACCAAGGGUGUCUACUCGGUUGCCAUCUCGCCUGAUGGCUCACGCAUCGCCGCAGCGGGUCGUGACAAAGCGAUUUACAUGUUCAACACACACGAUGGCACUCCCGCUCUCCAGCCACUUGUCGCACACAGGGACACCAUCUUCUCGGUGGCGUUCUCACUCGACGGCAGGUACCUUAUUUCCGGUGGCAACGACAAAUGCAUAUGUCUAUGGGAUGCCACAAGCGGCAAUCUGCUAUCCGGUCCACUUCGAGGGCAUGAAGAUAUGAUAUGGUCAGUGUCGUUCUCACCCGAUAGCAGGCACGUUGUUUCUGCCUCGUCGGACAUGACCAUACGCGUGUGGGAUGUGGGUGAUGGGACUCUGACGCCCACAGACCUUGCUGGAACGCACGACGAUCAGGUCUACUCAGCGGCAUUCUCCCCCGACGGCAAGCAUAUCGUUUCUGGGUGUGAUGAUGAGAACCUCCGGAUGUGGGAGUCGCAGACGCUAUCACUCGUGUUCGAUCCGUUUGGGUCGCAGCAUCAUGAAGGGGGUAUUCGGUCGGUGACAAUCUUGCCUGAUGGCAGACUCAUUGCUGCUGGGUCCUGGGAUGGCGCGAUUUGCAUCUUCGACUCGCGCAGUGGCAAGUUGGUCCUCGGUCCUCUCAAGGCACAUCAGGAUAGCGUGAGGUCAGUUGUGUUCACACCCGACAGCAAUCACAUCGUAUCUGGCUCGGACGAUCGAAGCGUUCGAGUGUGGAGAGCGGAAGAUGGGGCUCCUGCAUGUGAGCCACUUCAAGGACAUCAACGUGGCAUCAACUCGGUGGCAUGUUCGCCCGACGGUGCAUACAUCGUGUCAGGCUCGGAUGACGCAACGAUUCGAGUAUGGAAGGCACCAGGAAGGGGCACUGUAUCCGACAUAUCCCGAUCUGCCUCUUCGAGCUCAGACCAGAGGAAGCCCCAUGGUGCGAUUGCCGGUGGACUGACGAUCGAUAGGGAUGGGUGGGCACGCAACCGCGACUCGCAGCUAGUUUUCUGGGUUCCAUCGGAUAUGACCAUGCUCUUUCCUUGCCUCGAGACCGUUUACAACAUCGGGUCUGAAGGCACGCUUCGAGCGGAUUAUAGGGAGUUUUUGGUGCUUGGGGACGAGUGGCACCAAUGCUUUGUUGGCUGA